AAUCCAUUGCGUUCAACGCCAUUCCCCUGGCCUGAGCGAUAAAGAGCAGUACUGUUACGCAAUACAUAAAGAAAUAAAAAUGUUUGUUGAACUAGCAAUAUUCAUAAUUUCAUCAUUAUUCUUUUAUUACUUGUACGUGCAUAAGAAAAUACAUAAUUUCUUUGUGAAGAGAGGCGUCAAAUUCCUACCCGGUAUACCUAUGUUUGGAAACGUAUGUAACAGUUUAUUUACAACGAAACACUUCAUAGAGGAUCUCGAAAUUGUAUACAGAGCUUUUCCUGAUGAACGAUAUGUGGGCUUCAUCGAAGGAACUACACCAAUUAUUUUGAUCCGCGAUCCCGAGUUGGCAAAAGCAAUCACCGUUAAAGACUUCGAUCACUUCGUUAACCAUAAGGACUUCUUCAGUAAAGACACUGAUCCGUUGUUUGGCGGUAGUCUUUUCAUGAUGAAAGAUGACAAAUGGCGAGAUAUGCGAUUCACGUUGAGCCCAGCGUUCACUGGCUCCAAGAUGAGGCUUAUGAUGAACUUUAUGAGCGAAGUCAGCCAUAACAUUAUGGACUAUUUAAAAGAAAAUAAUUCUGAUGAAAUUCACGUUGAUGACCUGGUGCGCCGAUAUACCCUUGACGUCAUUGCAUCAGCAGGCUUCGGGCUUCAAGUCAACUCUGUUAAAGACAAAAAAAAUGAUUUCUUCAAAAUGGGCAUUAAUUUAUUCUAUUUUAACAUCAAGCAGAAAAUUAUCAUAUUCAUAUCUACACAGUUUCCUAAAAUUGGAAAGAAAUUAGGAUUGACACUUUUCUCAAAAGAGGUUAUGGACUUCUUUAAAACAACUGUUAAAAAUACCAUAAGUUAUAGAGAAAAUAAUAACGUGGUGCGCCCAGAUAUGAUCCAGCUAUUGAUGGAAGCAACAAAAGGUACAUUAAAAGCUGGUAAUACUGAGAAAGAUGAAGUUACCACGACAGAAGACUCGAAAUCAAAAACUGUUGCAAGAGAAUGGACGGAAGAUGAAAUAAUUGGUCAAGUAUUCAUAUUCUUUGCUGCUGGUUUUGAAAGUUCCGCUGGAGCUAUAACUAUGGCCAUCCACGAAUUGGCCGUAAAUCCAGAGGUCCAGGAGAAAUUGUACCAGGAAAUCAAACAAUUCGAGAAAAUCAACAAGGUUUUGUCUUACGAGAAUGUGAGCCAGUUGAAAUAUAUGGAUUGUGUCAUCAACGAAACAUUGAGGAAAUGGACGGCAGCAAUUUUUAUGGAUCGAGUAUGCACUAAACCCUACGAGCUACCCCCACCGAGAAAAGGAGGAAAACCUUACCUGUUGAACCCCGGCGAUAUAGUAUACAAUAUGGUGAAUGUCAUACAUAUGGACGAAAAAUACCAUCCUAAACCCGAAGUGUUUGACCCUGACCGCUUCUCUGAUGAGAACAAGCACAAAAUACAACCCUUCACCUUCGUACCUUUUGGCAUGGGACCAAGAAAUUGUAUCGCAUCCAGAUUUGCUAUUCUGGAAAUGAAGGUAUUCCUAUACGACCUAGUGUUACACUACAAGGUCGUCAAAAGUAAGAGGACAUCGGACCCAAUUCGUUUGCACAGCAACGACUUCAACAUAAGAGCUUUAGGUGGCACUUAUGUUAAAUUUGAACCGAGAGAUUGAAGAUGUUAACGAACUGUAGUUGGCAUGCAGAUUUACGUGUACUUGUGUAAUCGUGUUAAACGAAUAUCAAUCUUGUUAGGUAGUUUAUUAGUUUUAUAUUUACUUCCACCGCCAUUAGUAUUGCGCAUACUAAUGCUAACCACCUAUAUUUUAUUAAAUAAAUAUUACAUUAAUGUAACUUUAAAAUUUUUCUAUAAAAAUGUAUAUGCACAAU